AUGAAGUUGGCCACCAAAGAAGAGCUCGAGGCCCACCAAGCCGCUACCGUCCGCGGGGCCCUCGAGGGCACCGUCGCCGGCCUUGCCAUCUCCGUCCCGGCAUCCUUCUGGUUGCAUCGCAGCUGGCCCGCCUACCGUGCGCUUCCCGUCCACCUUAAGGUCAUGGGCGCCAUCUUCGUCGUCGCGCCCCUUUACGCCAUCCAGGCCGAGCGCCGUGGCGUCGAGUUCGACAAGUCCACGUGGACCGGUGCUGGCAAGGCCGAGCUUGAGCGCGAGCACGAGCAGGAGGUCUCCCGCUGGAACCGCCUCGACAGCAAGGAGAAGAUCACUGACUGGGCGAACCGCAACCAGUACAAGAUCAUCCUGGGCAGCUGGGCAGCUAGCAUGGCUGUUGCUGGUGCUCUCGUGAUGCGCAACAAACAUCAAACUGCAUCACAGAAAAUCGUCCAGGCCCGUAUGUGGGCGCAGGGUCUCACCGUUGGUGUCUUGAUCGCCGCGGGUGUCCUCACACACGCCAACCGAGCAGAGGCAGCCACACACCGCCAGGUUGACCAUACAUGGCAGAACAUGGUUGAGGAGUUCCAGCAAGAGGAGCGUAUAGCGAAGGCGAAGCUCGCCGUACUCCCGGCUCCUCAGCACUCAUGA